GUUAGUUGCGCCCUAUAAAAUAAACGGCUCAUCUCUUUUGUCUUCAUAAUCAAUAUACUUCCCCAAGCUUGAAACCAACUCAAAGUCUUCUCUUUAUCUAUAUCUUCCUCUCAUCACAUACAGCAGCACCUAACAAGAAAUAUAAAUGGUGAAUAUAAGCAACGCAAUGGGCGCGCUUCGCAUUCGAAUCAAACGUGGUAUAAAUCUCGCCAUUCGUGAUGUUACGAGCAGUGAUCCUUAUAUCAUUGUUCUUCUUGGUCAACAGAAACUCAAGACUCGUACCAUCAGGAAAUCUCUUAAUCCGGUAUGGAAUGAAGACCUCACUCUUUGUGUUACUAAUCCAAAUGAACCACUUAAACUUUUUGUUUAUGACUAUUAUAUGAUCUCGUCGGACGAUCGAAUGGGAGAGGCAGAGAUUGAUUUGAGGCCGUUCUUAGAGGUAGUCAAGUGGAACGCGGAGGACAGCCCCAUAGUCUUCAGUGAUGGUGAAGUCACACAGAACAUGUUCCUCCGACUAGGCAAUGUUGAGUGUGGUGAAAUUGAACUUCGAUUGAAUUGGAUUGAUCUCCCUACUUCUCGAGCUGCGUAAUUCUUGUUGCCCUGUAUAGUUGUAAUCUAGUACAUAACCAAGUGCUCGCGUGAUGUGGUGUUUAAAUUAUGUAGAUGUCAUGCAUAAAAAAUUACUUUAUUCA